AUGGAGUACGAGAUGGACCUCGAGCCCACCGGGCCUCAAGUGACCGUCCGCGAAGCGGAGCCAUACCGUGUCGAUUUCCGUCUAUCAGCCAUCGACCUUGCAUUUGCGAACUCCCUCCGCCGCACGAUGCUUUCCGAAGUGCCAACCCUCGCUCUUGACCUCAUCGAAAUUGAGAGCAAUACCUCCGUCCUGCCCGACGAGUUCCUCGCUCACCGUCUCGGCAUGAUCCCUCUGAACUCACUGAACUGCGACCAGGACCUCGACUACACAAGAGACUGCGACUGCGAAGACCACUGCGUGCGCUGCAGCGUGACGCUGUCUCUGCACGCGCGCUGUGGCCAGGGAAUGAUGUCUGUCUACGCCAGAGACCUAGUCAUCGUCGGUGAGCGGAUCAAUUCAACCAUUGGUAAUCCAGUCACUACCGAUCCCGAGGGCAGAGGUCCGUUGAUUUGCAAGCUGCGCAAGGGCCAGGAGAUCAAGAUGACCUGUUUGGCGAAGAAGGGAACUGCCAAGGAGCAUGCAAAGUGGGCGCCUACUGCUGCUGUCGGUUUCGAGUACGACCCUAACAACAACCUGCGUCAUGUGGAUUACUGGUAUGAGCAAGACGCAGCGAAGGAAUGGCCCGUGUCUGAAAAUGCUGCCUGGGAACCCGCUGCCAACCCCGACCAGCCCUUUGACUACGAUGCCGAACCAACAACCUUCUACUUCGACGUGGAGAGCAUCGGCAACCUGGAACCCGACAUGAUCCUCCAGCAAUCCAUCAUCUCCCUGCAGCGCAAGCUGGCCACCACUGUCUCCGAGCUGUCUGGCGAAGGCGAGGGCCACAUCGGCGAGGAUGCUGAGAUGAUGGGCGCCAAUGACCCUGACGCCUACGAACCUCCCGAGGGUAUCGAUGGAAACAUGACUUCUUACGGAAGCGGUGCCCCUGGAGGCUGGAACAGUGCACAGACACCUUACGGUGCCACGCCUUACGGCCAGACUAGCUAUGGGUUCUGA